AUGGAUCGAAUCGAGCUGGUCGAGGAUUCCAACGGCCGUUCUGCGGGGACCGCCCUGGAGGUGCCGCGGGAGAACUCUGGACAACCUGCUUCAAACGAGCCUCCCCCCAGUCCGGGCCGGUCGCAGCGUUCCAGAUACCCUGCUCGACAGCCCAGCAUCCGGAUACGGCGGUUAUCCUCAGUCUCGUCCAUUGACCGCCAGGAUGCCGUCGAAAUCCAAGAAUCGUCCGUCGAGGCGAACCCUCCGGCCAAAGACGAUAUGUUCCUGUCUCCGGACGACGAAGAAGCAUCCCAGGCAAAUCGACGUCGCAGCCUCUCGGAACCGCGCCCUGGCCGCUGGUCCGCGCCGCCGUCCAUUGUCCUCUCCAGAUUCGAGACAUCCAACUCGGUGUUUCCCAUGUCUCCCGUGAAGGAGGAGACGUCUUCGCAAUUCCGCCCCUCAAUGGAUCUCAAUGCUGUAGAGCGCCUGCUCCCGCCGGCACCGGCUGCCGGUGCUGAGAUGCCCUCAGAUCCGCGGAAUAAUAGAAGUUUGCUGCGACGGGCCAGCGGAGCGGCUCUCUCAGCUCUUGGUCGGCACCGGGCGUCGACCAUGAGUGCGACCAACCCUGUGCGCCGGCCUCGGCCAGACGAAUAUGACUGGCGGAUUGUAGAUCUUCUCGAUGUUGUUGAUCCGGAAAUAUCGACAUUAUCGACCCUUACAAACGUCCAGAACUCUCUGUUUGUCCCGGACCUGGGUAACCUGGUGAAUCGUACCCCCACCUACAAUCUCUCGCGUACCCCGGCCGAGGACUCGGAAGAGGAGACAGCCGAGGAGGCCGUCGAAGAGCCGAAAACGGAAGAGCCUCUAGAUCGCCAGCAAUCAUCUGGAGACCGUUUAGGCCCGGUCAGCUCUAUCAGCUCCGUGGUCGGUGACAACCCUUUCGCCGUAUUGCCCGAAGGAAGUACUCUCGAGGGCUGGACCACGCGGGAUGUCGAGGAGUUAAACGACCAUGUCCGACACAUGCUCCACUCCCGCCGUUCCAAGUUCAAGCGUGCCAUGAAAGGGUUUUUGCAGUAUGUUUCAAAGCCACUUGGAUUUUUUGUGACCCUAUAUGCGACUCUGAUCACCCUCUUUGGUCUGGCGUGGGUUCUUUUCUUGAUCGGUUGGAUCAACGUGGGUGGACGGCAACUCUAUAUCAUCAACGUUAUCGACAACGUUCUCGUGGCUCUCUUCGCCAUCAUGGGCGACGGCCUAGCACCCUUCCGCGCUAGGGACACGUACCACAUGAUUUACAUUGCUCAUUACCAUCAUCUGACAUGGAAACUACGAAAAAAGCGGACACUUCCAAAGCUGCAUAACAAGAACGACCUGCCGACACGACUGGAAAGUGAGGUGGACCUGGAGCGCAACGGAGACGACAAGGACGCGGAAUUUUCGGUUCUUACCCCUGCUCAGCAGAGGAAACUGGAGUACCACCAGCAGAAGUUCGCUAAAUCGCACACUUUCUACAAACCUCACGAGACUGAGACCCAUUACGCUUUCCCUUUGCGCCUCCUCGUCGCCAUUGUCGUCCUGCUCGACUUUCAUUCCAUCUUCCAGAUCGCGUUGGGCGCUUGCACAUGGGGGAUCAAUUACCACCACCGUCCGUUCGCGCUGACGACUGUGAUCCUGUGUUGUUCGCUUACGUGCAAUAUUAGCGGUGGCGUGUUGAUCAUGAUUGGGGAUCGCAUGACGCGCAAAAAGGAGGUGGUGAAACGGAUGUUCCGGCAGAAGCUGACUCGCGAGGCGAUGAAGAAGAUAGAGAAGCGACGACGAAAAGAAGAGCGCCGGAACGAAGAGCCGGAGCAGAUGAACCGGCCUGAACCAUACUCCGGGACCUGA